AUGGCCGACACUAUUUUUCAAUAUCCUUUUAGAAACUUUUUCUUGGACCAUCCUCCAAUUCUUAAAGAAUACUAUGGCUCAACAGCACUAUUGGAUUGGAUUGAAUCUCCAACUGCUCAUAUCCUCAAAAUCAACGUUCCAGGAUUCAAGAAAGAUGAGAUAAAAGUGCAGAUUGAGGAAGGGAAUGUUUUGCACCUCAGAGGAGAAAGUUUGAAAGAGGAGAAUCAUGGGAAGGAGAUUGUUUGGCAUAUUGCUGAGAGAGGAAAUGGAAAACAAGAUUUUUCAAGGAUGGUUGAAUUGCCUGAGGAUGUGAAAUUGGAUGAGAUUAAAGCACAUAUUGAAAAUGGAGUUCUCACUGUUAUUGUUCCUAAAGAUUCAUCGCAAAAAGUUCGAAAUAUUAACAUUAAUAGUAGGCUUUAA